AUGACCUUUUUACAAUUUAUCAAUAAUAAUAGACAAGAAGGACAAGGUUAUAUUUCAGAAAAAUUAUUCAAAACUAAGAAGAAUGAGAUGAUAAGAAAAACAGUUACCAAUUUAGUAGCUGUAAGAUUAAAAAACUUAUCCCACGAAUUUGAUGUAAUAGAGAAUUAUCUGCGCUAUAUAGCUAGCACCAGUGAACAUCUAUUUACUGCUAUUAAGCGCCACUUUAACAAAUGUGCCAGAAAACUUUUGAAAGAAGCAAUCGACUCCAAAUCAAACUCAGAAACUGCUACGGUGGUUCUGCAAGAAGGAUUUUCUGGCAUUUGCUUAUUGAAAGCGUCUUCAAUUAUAUUAAAACUAAAAUUGAAGUUUCCAAAAAAGAAAGAUAGAACUGAUAUUAGCAAAUUGUGUGACAAGAAAGAACGGAUGACACAGUGGUUAGAAAUUUCAAUUUUGAUGAACUGA